GAUAACUUAAACGUCAACGUAAGGCAUCAUGCUAUGUCAAAAUAUGAAGAAUUUGUUAUCAUGAAAACUUAUGGAUUUUUGAUAGCAUUAGGAUUUAUACAACUAGUUUUGUGCAACCACGACCAUAAUAAUAUUACUGACUAUGAUUUGUACCCUGUUUGUCCCGUUCGAUAUUUCCGUCGAAAAAGAUCCUACACAGAAUACACGCGAUGGCGCGCUAAUCAAGAAACUACAAACGAGUUCCUAGUGAAGGUUUUAGAUGAAGAUUUACCAACGACUCAAUCACAGCAAAUUAUUGCUGUGAACAUUCAGCCAGUUACUAAGGGAGGUGAGAAGAUUAUCAUCGGUGGUGCAAAGGUCCCUCCACCAACAACUGCGUCGGCUACCACUGAAGCGGUUAAAGAUUAUACCCGAUUUGUGCCUCCUACUACAGCAUCAAUGGCUCGAGCAGAAGGGGGGGAACUUUAUCUUGCUCCGAUAGCUCCACCUGCUCCGACAAAUGCACCUAUUCCGGCAUUGCAUCCAAAGGGCAGCUAUGCUGGUCGAAAUUCACAACGUGAUGAUAGUCCACCUGCCAGCCCUCAGUUCCUAGCGCGGACACCGGUGUUGAUGGCACGUCAGUACGCACCUAUAGCUCCAGUCGCAUUCAGUCGUCGUACAACCAUUGCUCCGUUAACUCCACCAGUCGUCCAUAGUUAUGAGCAAGGAUCAGUACCACAGUCAUUAACUCCUACUCGGACCCAACCAUACUCAGAAAUUACACUGCCGACUAGAACUACAACUGAUUUAGAUGAAUUCCAAAGAUAUUCUUCAUUUGAAGAAGCAACUACAACGCGUGAACAUUUAACUCGGACCACUUAUGCGGUUCCGGACAGAACAACAAUACCCUUCGAGUUUACUAGGUCUAAUGAAUUGGAAGUAGAAAUUGAAUCAACGACUGAAAGAAAAUAUUUUGAAGAUGGUAGAAGACGGGAAGAGGAAACUAAAAAAAUUGCUGAAAAAGAUUCUGAGUCUUCAUAUAACAUGAUGUUUUAUAGUGACGACGAUAGUGACUCCGGCUCCAAAAAAGAAGAUCCAGAUACUAGUGAUAACUAUGAUGACAAAAAAGGUAACCAAGAAGAAGCUGCAGAAAAAGAUCUUCCAGACUCUAAAGAUAACGACACUGAGGACCAAGAUAUAAAAAAAUCCUCGGUUAUUAAAGAUUUGCAAAUAGAACAGGAAGAAGAUGCUGCGGUCAACGUCACAAGAAGGAUGACUACUAAAGGUGUCAUUGGCAUUCCUGCCAUAGAGAUAGUAUCGACCCAAGGAUUUAAAGACACACUCAGAGAUAAACGCCGCCCGUUUUGCAGUUUACUUAAGCUAAGACAAUUGAAUUUUAAUUCGCCACGAACAUUAGCAGAGAUAACAAGUCAAUUAAAGCAGUGGGCGGAAGAUAGUCCCGUAGCUAAAUGGAUAGAUAUUACUGAUGGAAAUUAUACCGCAAUGGAAAAUCCUAUUUACAUGAUGAUGGUAGAUGAUCCCAGCAGUGGUCAAAUUGUAUCCGCGAAGCAAACUGUCAUGAUUGUUGCAGGUAUGCAAGGGCGAGACCACCAUGCAGUAGCUGCUGCUAUGUACGUCUUAUAUCAACUAGUAGAGCGAAGUGAAGCUCAUGCUGACCUACUCACAAAAUACCGUUUCUGGGUCAUACCUGUAUUCAACCCCGAUGGAUACGACUACUCCAUGACAUUUCCACACAGACGAGAAUGGUCCAAAAAUUUGCGUCAGUUAUGGGAUACAUGCAAAGGACGCGAAACAUGUAAAGCGUGUGAGAGCCACGGCUUGCGAUGUACUAUACAAUCAUGUUAUGGUGUUAAUCUUGAUAGAAAUUUUGAAUAUCAAUGGAUACCUGCGGACGAGCUUCGAGCAGAGCACCCCUGCGGCAGCCUGUACGCGGGCUCGCGACAACUCAGCGAGGCGGAGACGCGCGCUCUCACGCACUUCAUGCACGACCAGCACACGCCACUGUUCACCUUCAUUGCUUUUAAAGAAGGCGAUGUUCUGGGAGUUUUGUAUCCAUAUUCGCACACUAAGAAGAAGCGUGCUUUUGAUCACGUAUACAGACAACGGGCGUCGAGGGCGGCAGCAGCUGCCUACAGUAUUGGCAAUCGACCGUAUGUGGCCGGACAAACAUCCGAGUUCUUACCUUUAUACGCUGGCGGUAUAGAGGACUGGGUCGAUGGCCACUUGGGCAUCGACAACACAUACACAAUUAUGAUGUUCCGACCCACGGACUCAUACAACUCUAAACUUAUUACAGAGCGUGUUGUCCACGAAGCAUACGCAGCAAUGGACACCCUACUUCUUCAGAGUCUGGAGCCUAUGGGCCCUCCGCCGGUGACGCUGACCAGGACUGGUCAGGCUUCAGUUACGCUACCAAGUUCACAACAUAUGUUGAUUGUAAUUUCUAUAUAUUUACUACUUAAUGGUUAACUCCAUCACCUUUUAUGGUAUUAGCAAUAACGUAUAUUUUAUGAUUAGAAUGUCAGUAGCUAAUAUCGAACGACGUGACGUGUUUCUGUGAUGCAAUUAGAAAACUUUGUUUUUUCUGAUAGUUCUAAAAGAAAACAGGUCUAAUUUAAAUGGUUGAUUGUCCUUUUGUUGUUUACAAUUUGUAUGUCAGUAUAUCAUUGUUAAACCUAUAUCUAUCUGAGAGCUUAUCUUUUCAUAAAACCUCGGUAUUUUCUCUAAGCAAUCAUUACAAUUCAGUGUGCAUCAGUUAGUAAUGAAUGGUUUGAAUAAUUAUGUUUUGCUUUUAUAUGUCAACUUAUGUAUAUUACCUUACAUUUAAAUAAAUGAGUUUUCUUUGAAAGUUUGACAUA